AUGUCUUCUGUCGCUGCCAGUCGUCCCGUUGUAUCUGUAUUCUCCGUAGAGGGCGAGACUGCCUCUGUCGUCUCCCAAGUCGUGCUUCCAGCCGUCUUUACUGCCCCCAUUCGUCCUGAUGUCGUGAACUUUGUGCACACGAACAUGGCGAAAAAUCGUCGCCAGCCCUACGGUGUAUCACGUGAGGCUGGUCAUCAGCACUCUGCAGAAUCGUGGGGCACUGGUCGCGCUGUGUCGCGUAUCCCACGUAUUCAGGGUGGUGGUAAUCAGAGUUCCGGCCAAGCUGCUUUCGGUAACAUGUGUCGUGGUGGUCGCAUGUUUGCACCUACGCGAAUUUGGCGUAAGUGGCACCGCAAAAUUAAUGUCAACCAACGUCGUUUUGCCGUGGCAUCGGCUUUGGCUGCUUCGGCCGUUCCUGCUCUUGUGAUGGCCCGUGGUCACCGUAUUGAGAAGGUGCCUGAAGUACCUCUCGUGCUUGAUGACGCUGUGGAGUCUACACAAAAGACAGCUCAGGCGCUAAAGGUCUUGGCUAAGAUUGGCGCAGAUGUUGAAAUCGAGAAGGUGAAAGCUUCUAAAAAGAUUACAACUGGUCGUGGUAAGUCGCGCAACCGUCGCUACACUACUCGUCGUGGUCCAUUGAUCGUGUAUGCGAACGCGAACGGUGCUGAAAAAGCAUUUCGUAAUAUUCCUGGUGUCGAACUCGCCAAUGUUGAACGUCUAAACCUGUUGCAGCUUGCUCCUGGUGGCCACCUUGGGCGCUUCAUUAUCUGGACCAAGUCUGCGUUUCAAAAACUAGACUCCUUGUACGGCACGUACUCGAAGAAGUCGGUCUCCAAAACUGGUUACCAGCUCCCGCGCCACCAGAUGAACAACGCAAAUCUUGGCCGUUUGAUCAACUCUGAUGAGAUUCAGUCUGUUGUGCGUGCUGGCAAAUACCAAAAGCACCGCCGUUUCCAGAAAAAGAACCCAUUGAAAAAUUUGGGUGCUAUGGUUAAACUUAACCCGUACACGCUGGUUGCUCGUCGUGCUGAACUCCGUGCGGAGGCUUUGCGUGCUGAGAAGAAGGCUGCUUUGAAGAGCAAGAACCGCAAAAACAAUUGCGAGACGGACCCUAAGCGCAAGGCUCAGUCGCGUGCCUUGUAUGCCAAGAACUCUGCCGACUGA